AUGACCAUUAUCAGUAAUUAUGCUAUAGCAACGAUUCUUUGCCUUCAAACUAUAUGUCAUAGUGUUAUAUUAACUGUUGGACAGUAUAUCUAUGCGUCAUAUUUACAAAUAUAUCCAAACUCGUCGAAUACAACUCAAAAUGUGACUCUGACUGCGACUCGGUCAUUACAUUUAUGGCAGAAAACACUUACGGAUGUUUCGCAACAAUGUGGUGCGAAUUCUUCCAGUGGUAAUGCUGAAGUUUGGGCACAAGAGCAAUCAGCUGACUUGUUCUUUCGAAUCGAUCUAUGGAACAGUUGUCCGAUGGUUCUAAUGACAUUUGUACUCGGAUUAUACAUACCAAAACUGGGACGACGAUUUGUUCUUAUUCUACCGAUGUUAGGAGCUGCUUGUCAGUUAACGAUCUGGCUGGGAAUUAUUUAUUUUCACCUGGCUGAUUAUUGGUGGUAUAUCGCGAGCUUUAUUGUUGGCUUAUCUGGUUCAACAUAUGUGUUUACUCUGGUUUUGACUUUAAUUAUGACAGAUAACACAACAGAAACCAAUCGAUCAUCUUAUUUUGUUCUAUUCGAAGCAUUGGCUACAACCGUAUCUGCUAUUGUUACAUUUGGUAUUGGAUAUUAUAUAAAUUGGCGUGGUUUUACUGAUCUCUAUUGGAUUUCUCUGGGAUUGGAAAUCGUGUCUAUCGGAGUGGUGAUUCUCUUUUUCAAAAAUCCAACUCCUUCAACAAUCGAUGAAAGAACUCCUCUAUUAAACAACAAUGCUGAUAUACAAGUUCAAAAUGCUUGCCCUUCUUCGUCUCUGAAAGCAUCAUGUCAAAAUUGUGUGUUUAUUUUUCGAAUCUUCAGUUUCAAAAACAAUUCUCGUCAGAAAUCAAUUAAUCUUCACUUAACAUUCUUCGCUUAUAUCUUCUACCUCUUAGCGUACUCGACAUACGCAGCAUUUAUUUGGUAUUUACUCGACACUCCAUUCUGUUGGUCAUCCGAAAACAUUGGAACUUAUACCGCAUUAUCCUCCAUCUCUUCUGCUAUUUUCAGUGUACUUGGAAUGAAAUUAUUAUCACGUUUUGGUGCCAACGAUAUUCUCGUUUGCACUCUAAGUCAUUUAUUUUUUACUGCUUCGUCACUUUGGAUUGCAUUUUCUAAAUACAGUUGGCAAUUAUAUGCUGGUUUAUUGAUUAGUCCAUACGCGGAUUAUCAAAGUUCAUUGACAUUACCAAUUAUGUCGACAUGGUUAGCUCCACAUGAACGAAAUCAUGUGUUCACGCUAGUAGCGGAAGUCAAUACAAUUGUGACCACAUUUGGUGAUUCGAUUUUCAAUUGGGUGUAUGCACGAACGGUGGCUAAAUCUCGAAAUUUAACGUUAUUCAUGGCAGCUGGAUUCAGUCUUGUUUCGUUUUUAUUGAACGUAUGUUUAUUUGUGUUAACUCGACAAAAAUCAAAAGAAUCCCUUCCUAAACCUUCCGAAGCGGAAACGUGUCUACCGUCAAAUAUUGCCGUCAUACAUUCCGUUGCAGUCGUUCAACCUUGUCCAUCAAUAACACAUCUACCCGAUGAAAAUCAGUCUCGAUCAAAUUCAAAAGAAGACCCAUCAAAUGAUCUAAUUGUUCUCUAA